AUCACUACCAAAUACACAGCAAAGGAAGGGGGGGGAGGCAGGACUGAUGCUGCUCCAGAGCAGCCUGAAAGGUCUGAGGUGUGUGAGAGGUACUGGAGGCUUUGAAAAAGAAAGGAAAGAAAGAAGGAAAGGAAGGAAGAGAGAGAAAGAGUCCUGAACUCCUUGCUUCUGCUGCUGCUUCUGCGUUGCUUUUUGAUUCUGCGAAGCCCAUGCUGGUUUUCUUGAUUCUUUUGUAAAAAAGUGAAAAAUUGCACCAUUCAGUUAAGCCGGGCAGCCAAAGUCCACAUGAAGCCUUCAAGAUUGCAUUAGGCAGUUGCCAUUGGUUUGUAAGUUGGCAAACUGGAUCUCGUACCAUCUGGGUUGCUGGCUCAUUCUUUUCUUUUUCUUUCCCCUCGGUCGACUCUGAUCUUCCCACAAGGAUCCUUCAUUUUUGUCAUUUCUUUUUCUCCAAGGAGGGGUGCCACAGAGGAAAUUGAAUCUGGCGGUGGAGCAACCCGUGGGGUCUUUUUAAAACAACAAUACUGUACACAUAAAUAUAUCAUUUUUAUUUUUAAUUUAAGAGCCCCACCAUUGGUUUGUAUGCAGGGAUUUAGCCUAACACCUCAUCCCUCCUAAAUGGAAUUACAAAACUCCGCUGUUAUGCCUGGCUCCUUGUCCCCUGGUUAUACUUCUUCGGUGCCAUACAAUUAUAAUCAAUUAGAAGGAAGGUUCAAGCAGUUGCAAGAUGAACGAGAGGCAGUCCAGAAGAAGACAUUCACUAAAUGGGUUAACUCUCACCUGGCACGUGUGUCCUGUAGAAUUACAGACUUAUACACUGAUCUUCGUGAUGGACGGAUGCUGAUCAAACUGCUGGAAGUUCUUUCAGGAGAGAGACUUCCCAAGCCAACAAAGGGAAGAAUGCGCAUCCACUGCUUGGAAAAUGUUGACAAAGCCCUCCAGUUUCUGAAAGAACAGCGAGUACAUCUUGAAAACAUGGGAUCCCAUGAUAUUGUGGAUGGGAAUCACAGACUAACUCUUGGCCUUAUUUGGACUAUUAUAUUGCGAUUCCAGAUUCAGGAUAUCAGUGUUGAAACGGAAGACAACAAAGAGAAGAAGUCUGCUAAAGAUGCACUACUGCUGUGGUGCCAGAUGAAGACAGCUGGCUAUCCCAACGUCAACAUUCACAACUUCACCACCAGCUGGAGGGAUGGCAUGGCUUUCAACGCACUAAUCCACAAACACAGGCCCGAUCUAAUUGAUUUUGAUAAGCUGAAGAAAUCAAAUGCACACUACAAUCUGCAGAAUGCUUUUAACCUAGCAGAGCAACACCUUGGCCUUACUAAACUGUUGGACCCAGAAGAUAUCAGUGUUGACCAUCCUGAUGAAAAGUCCAUUAUCACCUAUGUGGUGACAUAUUACCACUACUUUUCAAAGAUGAAAGCUUUAGCUGUUGAAGGAAAGCGUAUUGGAAAGGUGCUUGACAAUGCAAUUGAAACAGAGAAGAUGAUAGAAAAAUAUGAGUCCCUGGCUUCUGAUCUCCUUGAGUGGAUUGAGCAAACCAUCAUCAUCCUGAACAACCGCAAAUUUGCCAACUCACUGGUUGGAGUGCAACAGCAGCUACAAGCAUUCAACACCUACCGCACAGUAGAGAAGCCACCCAAAUUCACAGAGAAAGGAAACCUGGAAGUCCUGCUUUUCACUAUUCAGAGCAAAAUGAGAGCUAACAAUCAGAAAGUGUACAUGCCCAGGGAAGGGAAACUCAUCUCAGAUAUCAACAAGGCCUGGGAAAGACUGGAAAAAGCUGAACAUGAAAGAGAACUGGCACUGCGUAAUGAGCUCAUCCGACAGGAGAAACUGGAACAACUUGCCCGCAGAUUUGACCGCAAGGCAGCUAUGAGAGAGACGUGGCUGAGUGAAAACCAGCGUCUGGUUUCUCAGGAUAACUUUGGGUUUGACCUCCCGGCUGUGGAGGCUGCCACGAAAAAGCAUGAAGCUAUUGAGACAGACAUUGCGGCCUAUGAGGAAAGGGUCCAGGCAGUGGUUGCUGUUGCCAGGGAGCUUGAAGCUGAGAAUUACCAUGACAUCAAGCGCAUCACUGCAAGGAAAGAUAAUGUGAUCCGUCUAUGGGAGUACCUCCUGGAACUGCUCAGGGCACGCCGGCAACGACUGGAGAUGAACCUUGGUCUGCAGAAGAUCUUCCAGGAAAUGCUGUACAUUAUGGACUGGAUGGAUGAGAUGAAGGUGUUGCUGCUGUCUCAAGACUAUGGCAAACAUCUCCUGGGGGUAGAAGACUUAUUGCAGAAACAUGCACUUGUUGAGGCUGACAUUGCCAUUCAGGCUGAGAGAGUGAGAGGAGUCAAUGCAUCUGCUCAGAAAUUUGCCACAGAUGGAGAGGGUUACAAACCAUGUGACCCACAAGUUAUCAGAGACCGUGUGGCUCACAUGGAGUUUUGUUACAAGGAGUUAUGUCAGUUAUCAGCUGAACGCAGAGCUCGCUUGGAAGAAUCUCGGCGCUUAUGGAAGUUCUUCUGGGAAAUGGCUGAAGAGGAGGGAUGGAUAAGAGAAAAGGAGCAGAUCUUGUCAUCAGAUGACUAUGGAAAAGACUUAACCAGCAUUGUCCGGCUUCUCAGCAAGCAUAAGGCAUUUGAAGACGAGAUGAGUGGUCAAAGCAGCCACUUCCAACAGGCAAUCAAAGAAGGGGAAGAUAUGAUUGCUGAGGAUCACUUUGGGUCUGAGAAGAUCAGAGAAAGGAUUGCAGACAUCCAGAAUCAGUGGGCUAACCUGGAACAGCUGUCUGCCUUCCGGAAGAAGCGCCUGGAAGAAGCAUCCCUCCUUCACCAAUUCCAAGCUGAUGCAGAUGACAUUGACACAUGGAUGUUGGAUAUCCUCAAAAUUGUCUCCAGCAGUGAUGUUGGCCAUGAUGAAUAUUCCACUCAGUCCUUGGUUAAGAAACACAAAGAUGUGGCUGAAGAGAUUGCAAGCUACAGGUCGAUUAUUGAUUCUCUUCAUGAACAAGCCAGAGCCUUGCCACAGGAACAUGCAGAGUCAACAGAUGUGCAGAGCAGGUUGGCAGGAAUAGAGGAGAGGUACAAAGAAGUUGCUGAACUCACAAAGCUUCGUAAGCAGGCCCUGCAGGACACUUUGGCACUGUACAAAAUGUUCAGUGAGGCAGAUGCUUGCGAGCUUUGGAUUGAUGAGAAGGAACAAUGGCUGAACAACAUGGAGAUCCCUGAGAAACUAGAAGAUCUGGAAGUGAUCCAGCACAGAUUUGAAAGUUUAGAACCAGAAAUGAACAAUCAAGCAUCACGUGUUGCUGUGGUUAACCAGAUUGCUAGACAACUAAUACACAAUGGACAUCCAAAUGAAAAAGAGAUCAAAGCACAGCAAGAUAAGCUGAAUACAAGGUGGAGUCAGUUCAGAGAACUGGUAGACAUAAAGAAGGAUGCUCUUCUCUCCGCUCUCAGUAUCCAGAACUAUCACCUUGAAUGUAAUGAAACUAAAUCUUGGAUCAGGGAGAAGACUAAAGUUAUUGAAUCUACCCAAGAGCUUGGGAAUGACCUGGCUGGGGUUAUCGCGCUUCAGAGGAAACUGACAGGAAUGGAACGUGACUUGGUUGCUAUUGAGGCCAAACUAAGUGACCUCCAGAAAGAGGCUGAAAAGUUAGAGUCGGAGCAUCCAGACCAAGCUCGGGCCAUACUGUCCAGGCUUGCUGAAAUCAACGAUGUUUGGGAAGAAAUGAAAACGACCCUGAAGAAUCGUGAAGAGUCCCUUGGAGAGGCCAGCAAGCUGCAACAGUUCUUACGUGACUUGGAUGACUUCCAGUCCUGGCUCUCCCGGACCCAGACUGCCAUUGCCUCGGAAGACAUGCCGAAUACACUGACAGAGGCAGAGAAACUGCUUACACAGCAUGAGAAUAUUAAGAAUGAAAUCAACAAUUAUGAGGAAGACUAUCAGAAAAUGAGAGACAUGGGUGAGAUGGUCACACAAGGACAGACAGAUGCUCAAUACAUGUUCUUGCACCAGCGCCUGCAAGCCUUGGACACUGGAUGGAAUGAGCUGCACAAAAUGUGGGAGAAUCGGCAGAAUCUUCUCUCCCAAUCCCAUGCCUACCAGCUGUUCCUCAGAGACACAAAGCAAGCAGAAGCCUUUCUUAACAACCAGGAAUAUGUUUUGGCUCAUACUGAAAUGCCCACGACUUUGGAAGGAGCAGAAGCUGCUAUCAAAAAACAGGAGGAUUUCAUGACUACAAUGGAUGCCAAUGAGGAGAAGAUCAAUGCUGUUGUAGAGACUGGAAGAAGACUAGUCAGUGAUGGAAACAUCAACUCUGACAAGAUCCAAGAGAAAGUGGAUUCCAUUGAUGACAGACAUAAGAAGAAUCGUGAGGUGGCCAGUGAACUUUUGAUGAGAUUGAAAGACAACAGAGAUCUUCAAAAGUUUCUUCAGGAUUGCCAAGAGCUAUCCCUCUGGAUUAAUGAGAAGAUGCUUACAGCCCAGGACAUGUCUUAUGAUGAAGCAAGGAACCUGCACAGCAAGUGGCUAAAACACCAGGCCUUCAUGGCAGAGCUAGCUUCUAACAAAGAAUGGCUGGACAAAAUUGAAAAGGAAGGAAUGCAGCUUAUUGCCGAGAAACCUGAAACGGAAGCAAUAGUAAAAGAGAAGCUUACCAGUCUGCACCAGAUGUGGGAAGAGCUUGAAAGCACCACCCAGACUAAAGCUCAGCGGCUUUUCGAUGCCAACAAGGCUGAGCUCUUCACUCAGAGUUGUGCUGACUUGGACAAGUGGCUGAACGGCUUGGAGAGCCAGAUACAGUCGGAUGACUAUGGCAAGGACCUCACCAGCGUCAAUAUUCUGCUGAAAAAAACAACAGGGGAGGGGGGGGGGGGGAGGGGGAUGCUUGAAAACCAAAUAGAUGUUCGUAAGAAGGAGAUUGAGGAACUGAAGAGCCAAGCCCAAGCAUUGAGCCAGGAAGGCAAGAGCACAGAUGAGGUGGAUGGCCAACGUCUUAUUGUAGAGAAGAAGUUUGUGGAGUUGCUGGAACCCUUGAAUGAGAGGAAGUCCCACCUCUUGGCUUCCAAAGAGAUCCAUCAGUUCAACCGAGAUGUGGAGGAUGAAAUUUUGUGGGUUGGAGAGAGAAUGCCUAUUGCCACUUCUACAGAUCAUGGUCACAACCUGCAGACUGUUCAGCUGUUAAUUAAGAAGAAUCAGACACUUCAGAAGGAAAUCCAGGGACACCAGCCUCGGAUUGACGACAUUUUUGAGAGGAGCCAAAACAUUGUUACAGACAGCAGCCUUAAUGCCGAAGCAAUCCAGCAGCGGCUUGCAGACUUGCAGCAGCUGUGGAAUCUCCUGAUAGAGGAGACGGAGAAACGCCACAAGCGCCUUGAGGAGUCCCACAAAGCUCAGCAGUACUACUUUGAUGCUGCAGAGGCCGAAGCCUGGAUGAGUGAACAGGAGCUCUACAUGAUGUCAGAAGAGAAGGCCAAGGAUGAACAAAGUGCUGUCUCCAUGCUGAAGAAACAUCAGAUUUUGGAGCAGGCCGUAGAAGAUUAUGCUGAGACUGUGCACCAGCUUUCCAAGACCAGCAGGACUUUGGUAGCAGACAAUCAUCCAGAGAGCGAACGCAUCAGCAUGCGGCAGUCAAAGGUGGACAAGCUUUAUGCAGGCUUGAAGGACCUUUCUGAAGAAAGGAGAGGCAAGCUGGAUGAGAGGCACAGGCUCUUCCAGCUCAACCGUGAAGUAGAUGACUUGGAACAGUGGAUCGCAGAAAGGGAAGUGGUGGCUGGGUCCCACGAACUGGGACAGGAUUACGAACACGUGACAAUGUUGCAAGAGCGGUUCCGUGAAUUUGCCCGAGAUACAGGGAACAUUGGACAAGAGCGUGUUGAUGCUGUUAACCACAUGGCUGAUGAGCUCAUCAAUUCUGGACACUCAGAUGCAGCCACCAUUGCUGAGUGGAAGGAUGGUCUCAAUGAGGCCUGGGCAGACCUACUGGAACUCAUUGACACGAGAACACAGAUCCUGGCAGCCUCCUAUGAACUGCACAAAUUCUACCACGAUGCCAAGGAGAUCUUUGGUCGGAUACAGGACAAACACAAGAAACUCCCCGAGGAGCUUGGAAGGGAUCAAAACACAGUGGAAACCUUACAGAGGAUGCAUACAACAUUUGAACAUGACAUUCAGGCCUUAGGAACGCAGGUGAGACAACUGCAAGAAGAUGCUGCCCGCCUUCAGUCUGCCUAUGCUGGAGAUAAGGCUGAUGACAUCCAGAAACGUGAAAAUGAGGUUCUGGAUGCAUGGAAAGCCUUGCUUGAUGCCUGUGAGGGGCGCAGGGUCAGGCUUGUAGAUACCGGUGACAAAUUCCGCUUCUUCAGCAUGGUUCGUGAUCUCAUGCUGUGGAUGGAAGACGUCAUUCGCCAGAUUGAAGCCCAGGAGAAGCCAAGGGACGUUUCCUCUGUUGAAUUGCUGAUGAACAAUCACCAGGGGAUCAAAGCAGAAAUAGAUGCCCGUAAUGACAGCUUUACAACAUGCAUUGAGCUAGGCAAAUCAUUGCUAGCAAGGAAACACUAUGCGUCAGAAGAGAUCAAAGAAAAGCUGUUACAAUUGACAGAAAAGAGAAAAGAAAUGAUUGACAAAUGGGAAGACAGAUGGGAGUGGCUGCGGCUGAUUUUGGAAGUGCACCAGUUCUCAAGGGAUGCCAGUGUGGCUGAAGCCUGGCUACUGGGGCAGGAGCCGUACUUGUCGAGUCGUGAGAUAGGGCAAAGCGUGGAUGAGGUGGAAAAGCUGAUCAAGAGGCAUGAAGCAUUUGAAAAAUCUGCAGCCACUUGGGAUGAGAGAUUUUCAGCACUUGAAAGACUUACUACGUUGGAAUUGUUGGAAGUACGUCGGCAGCAAGAGGAGGAAGAGCGGAAGAGGCAGCCUCCUUCUCCAGAACCCAAGACUGGAGAGGAGUCUCAGCAAUGGGAUGGAACAAAAGGAGAACAGAUUUCCCAGAAUGGUUUGCCACCAGAUCAAGAGUCUCCCCGGGUUAGUUACCGAUCCCAAACCUACCAAAACUACAAAAACUUUAAUAGCAGAUGGACAGCUAGUGACCGGCCUCGGUCUGGACUCUGAGAUAUAGUGUUAUUUGGAGGAGGGCAUUGGCUGCUUUUCUUUCAGUUUAUCUUUGAUUUUGAUGGCCUUUGUGUCCCCUUUACUGCAUUUCUUUCCCCACCAACACCCACAAUCUGUUCAGCUUUUAUUUAAUGAGUAGCCAUCACACACACCCAGAAACCCAUUCUGUAGAUCAUAUGUAUGUUCUCUUAACUCUAAUGCUUCAAAUGCCUUCAGGCCUUUGGUUGCACUGCAGCACUGCUUUUGUUUCAUGAUUGUUUGUUGUGAGAUUUUUUUCUUUCCAUUUUGUUAAUACCCUUGAGAUUUUUGCAGCAAAAGCCAUCUCUUUAUGUGAGUAAUUGAAAUUUAAUGAGAUUUCAUCAUAAUGGAAGACAAGAAGUUAGAGACAUGGCAGGUAUGAUGCUUCUAGCUAUACUAACAGCAUUAAAUUCCACAAUGCUAGCAAACCAGCUGCCCUCUUUGCAAAUGCAUUAUGGGCAUUUUAGGAUAGAAAGCACUUUACAGAAGAGCUGGAGGGGGGAGAUAUAGAAAGAGGAGGUGCAUUUGCAUCACAAUGUAAACCAGAGCAGGUGAUGGGCAAACUGCAGCUGCUGAUCUAUGUGUGCCCCUCUUGUCCAUUUUUAACACUGCAACGCCCUCUUCUCUCACUCCAGAAAUCAGCAUAGAAAGCUCCCCAAGGUCUCCAAAUGAUAUAUUUCACUGUUUGGGGCACACUUUAGACCCAAGAUCACCUCCAGUUUGUUUUAAAGCAUCAAUGACCUUAAAAGAGGCUUGACAAUACAAAAAUGGUUCAAAAUAGCUCAUUGCAGCUCCCUCAAACUCAGGUGAUGAUAUUAGACAAUUGUUUGGAUCCAAAAUUUAUUUUUUGCAAACUUUUUGAAGUGUGGCAGAAAAUGGGGAUGCAGCUUUCCAAGGUUCAGGGUAGCAUAAAUGGCCCUCAGUCUCUGGAGGUUGCCCAGCCCUGGCCUAAAGAUGAACAGGCUAACAUUCCCGUAAAAUGAGCCUGUGAGUUGAGAAUUAAGAAUAAAUGGUUGGAUGCUACAAAAUGAGCAGCCAACCCAAUCUUUGGUAUAUAUCCUGCAAGGCUUCCCAGUAUUACUUUUGCCUAACUUGUUGACCCUGGCAUUCCCAUAUUGCAUUGUCCUAACCCUCUAGAUAUUAAUCUGCAGCAGUGAGCAGAUGUCAGAUUCAAUCAUUCUAAAAGAAAUUAAAAAAAAACCUUUUGGAAAUCAGUGGAAUUCACACAAGCUCCCACUUAUAUCUCACCACAGCCUCUGAAUAAGGGCAUGUGAUUUGGUAAGGAGGGAGCAAUCCUUGCAGAUUCAGGAAGCUGGACAGUCAGGAGGAGCUGCAUUUAAAUGUUCCCAUAAGCCAAACAUUCUGGUUUAGUAAAGUAUAAUGUGAACAAGUUGCAUACUGGUAUGUUUAGUCCAUCUGCUUCUGAACAAACCAGAUAGGAAAGCUUGAUACAGUGUCCAAACCUGGGAAUACUGUAUAGGUAAGUACCCUCAAAGAUGCCAGACUUUGAAAACCACCAACCAAUCAGCUGGCUUCUUGAUGUGUUUGAACAUGUUUAACCUGAACCCCAUUCCCCUCUUCUUGGUUUGUUCACUUGCUCCAGUGAGCUGCUGGCAGCAACAUACAGCUAGUACAUGUGGAAGUUUAUUAAGCCAGAAUAUUUGCUAAAAUUAUGUCCAAAUGUGGUCAUAAAGGAAUAGGGUGGCUGUCCUGUUUUCUCAUGCAAGCCAUUGUUUCCAUCACAAGGGCUUUCAGGCCACAAUUUUCCACAUUUACCUUAAGGAGUAAGCUUUACUGGAAGUCUUAACAUUAUUAAAGCCAAUUCAUAGAGCCUGAGUCUCCCUUAUCUGAAAUGCUUGGGACCAGAAAUGUUUGGAUUUGUUUGUGUGUUUGGAAUAUUUGCAUAAUGAGGUAUCUUGGAGAUGGGAGCCAAGUCUAAACAUGAC